CACGAGCAGUCGAGUGUCGCGCGAGUAAACUUCAGAAGAAGUCUUUUUUUUCCCCCUUUCACAUACAAGCAAACUUAACAAAAAUGAGUUUUAAUGUAAACRUUUUUUGCUAAGUCGCCUUAAAGAGCAUCAAUAUGUGACAACUGUUUUUUUUUUUAAACAACUUCAGGUUUUACUUCCGCGGAGAAAAGGUUUUCCAAAGAAGACAUGAGAACCAAGUUGGAGGAGCUCAAGGCGUAGGAGGGAGGCAAACACGGCAGGAACAAUGGCGGCGCAGUUCACUAUUGACGAUGCCUUCGUCUUGGAUGAUGGAGACGAGGGGGUUGCGUCUGACGGAGAGACUGAUGGGUGGAAGGGCAGAGAUAAGGACCGAGAUGGAGAGAUGACGUUUGGUCCCCUGACGUUCUCCAAACCUCAGUCUCAUCCUUCACCUGCUGCCACCGGCACCCCUGAGCACAGUAACCUGAAGUAUCAGAACCUGGAAAAUGAAGACGCCUUGGGCAACAAUGGUAAUUCCUCCUUCAAUAACUUCUUCAAAAUCAGCGACCCUGCGACUCUGUCUUACUGCAGCUCCCAGUGGUCCUUCAGCACUCUGAGUUCGGUCACGCAGCUCUCUGCACACUGCUGCGGGUGGGUGUCCCAUCCGCUGGUGAAGAAAAACAGAAGAGUUGUUCUCGCCUCAUUCCUCCUCCUCAUUAUUGGAGUCGCUCUCAUCUUCACAGGAAUCAUCAUACAGCUGAAGCCAGUUGAAGGUGUUUCAAGUGCCAUUUUCUUCAUACCAGGAUUUCUUCUUUUUAUCCCUGGAGUGUACCAUGUGAUCUACAUCAGCUGUGCUGUCCGAGGUAGAAGAGGCUUCAAGUUGUUCUACUUGCCUUAUUUUGAAAAAUGAACUUAUGACACUACAUUUCCACUCCCCUUCUAUGUUUACUCUUUUAAACUGAAGAAUGUGUUGUCACUUGUAUUAAAAGUUACUGUCACUUUGUCUUUUUAAAAUCAUUGUAAUGACCACUGCUACUUGAACCACUCAGUGCUUUGACUAUUUUUCCACAAAAUAACUAAGUUGUUUGUUUACACCAAAAGAGAAAAAAAACGAUAAAUGGUCUCACCUGUGGUUUUUGUGUUGUGUGAAUAAUGUCUGUGAAAUUACAAUAAAAGUAUUUGUAUAUUUUCA